GCUUGUUUUUUGCUUCACGCUCGUUUGAGCUCGUUUACAACAAAGAGGCAGAGAAGGGAGGCGAUCUGUGGAGUGAAAGUAGCUCAGAUCGGGUUGAUGACUGAAACAUUACCCGAGUUUGCCCAGUUUUCGGCAGGACGAGCGGAGGCACAGCGAUUGUUCCUGAUCAUCGGGAGACACGCAAUGCCAGAUCUACAGCCUAAGUAGUGCUGAGUGGAGAGAGCUAAGAGCCAGGAGCUGGGAGCUCAACGAUGGGGAAUAUAGCGACCAAGUUUCGAAAGGCACUGAUUAACGGAGAUGAGGUGCUCGCCUACCAGCUCUACGAGGGCAACCCGCAGUUUAAAGAGUCACUGGAUCCCAACACCUCAUAUGGGGAGCCUUAUCAACAUAACACCCCGCUCCACUAUGCUGCUAGGCAUGCAAUGACACGGAUACUCAGGUCCUUCCUUUUCAGCAAGGAUGGCAACCCCAACAAGCGCAACGUGCACAACGAGACGGCGCUGCACGUGCUGUGCAUGGGACCGCACAUCUUGCUGGCAGAGGGGACGUUGCAGCCGCGCCUGGCACGGCCCUACGAGGAUGAGCGGCGGCGUGCCGACUGCCUCCAGAUGAUCCUCAAGUGGACCGGUGCCAAGCUGGACCGCGGCGAGUACGAGAGUGCUGACGUCAGUGCCACUGACAACAAGAAAAACACGCCACUGCACUAUGCCGCUGCCUCAGGGAUGAAGACGUGUGUGGAGUUCCUGGUAAAGCGUGAUGCUGACCUGUUCGCUGAGAACGACAAUAAGGAGACACCAUGCGACUGUGCAGAGAAGCAGCAUCAUAAAGAGCUGGCACUAAGUCUGGAGUCUCAGAUGGUCUUUUCAACAGACCCCAAUGCUGAGGACAUCGAAGCCGAGUAUGCUGCCCUUGACCGCAGGGAGUUUUACGAGGGCUUGCGGGUCCAAGACCUAAGAAGGCUAAAGGACAUGUUGAUCGUGGAGACAGCAGACAUGCUGCAGGCGCCUCUCUUCACUGCAGAGGCUCUCCUCAGGGCACACGACUGGGACCGAGAGAAGCUUCUAGAGGCAUGGAUGUCUAAUGCUGAGGACUGCUGCCAACGGUCUGGGGUUCUGAUGCCCACUCCUCCACCCAAAGGCUACAACGCCUGGGAUACUCUACCCUCACCCCGUACGCCACGCACCACUCGCUCCUCCAUCACAUCACCCGACGAAAUCAGUCUUUCCCCCGCAGACGACGACCGCUCCCUGUGCGGUAUAUGCAUGUGUGCCUCCUCCAUGUUCGAAGAGCCUGUCGAUAUUCCUUGUGGACACGUGUUCUGCAGAUCAUGCUGGGAAAGCUUUUUGAAUUUGAAGAUCCAGGAGGGAGAGGCUCAUAACAUCUUCUGCCCAGCCUAUGACUGCUUCCAGCUGGUUCCUGUGGAGGUCAUAGAAAGUGUCGUGUCCAGGGAGAUGGACAAGCGGUACCUGCAGUUUGACAUUAAGGCCUUUGUGGAGAACAACCCUGCCAUCCGGUGGUGUCCGCGGGCAGGCUGUGAGAGAGCGGUACGCUUAGCGAGGCAGGGGCCUGGUGCCAGCGCCUCCGACCCGCUCAGCUUUCCUCUGCUCCAGGCCCCGGCUGUGGACUGCGGCAAAGGCCAUCUUUUCUGCUGGGAGUGCCAGGGGGAGGCUCAUGAACCCUGUGACUGCCAAACAUGGAAAAUGUGGCUGCAGAAAGUCACUGACAUGAAGCCAGAAGAAUUGGCAGGUGUAAGUGAGGCGUAUGAGGAUGCUGCCAACUGUCUGUGGUUACUCACCAACUCCAAACCCUGCGCCAACUGCAAGUCUCCCAUUCAGAAGAAUGAAGGCUGCAACCACAUGCAGUGUGCCAAGUGUAAGUAUGAUUUUUGCUGGAUCUGUUUGGAGGAGUGGAAGAAGCACAGCUCAUCCACAGGAGGAUAUUACCGCUGCACUCGCUAUGAAGUUAUCCAGCAGGUGGAAGAACAGUCUAAAGAAAUGACUGUGGAGGCCGAGAAGAAGCACAAGAGCUACCAGGAACUUGAUCGCUUUAUGCACUACUAUACACGCUUCAAAAAUCAUGAGCACAGCUACCAGCUGGAAGAGCGUCUCCUGAAAACGGCCAAAGACAAGAUGGAGCAGUUGAGCAAAGUCCUGAGUGGAAGGGAAGGAGGUGCUCCAGACACUACUUUCAUUGAAGAUGCAGUCCAUGAACUUCUUAAGACUCGUCGUAUCCUCAAGUGCUCUUACCCUUAUGGUUUCUUUUUGGAGCCCAAAAGCACUAAGAAAGAGAUCUUUGAACUUAUGCAGACUGAUUUAGAGAUGGUAACGGAGGACCUUGCCCAAAAAGUGAACAGGCCCUACCUCCGUACCCCUCGCCAUAAGAUAAUCCGUGCCGCCUGCCUGGUGCAACAGAAGAGGCAGGAGUUCCUGGCCUCUGUGGCUCGAGGCGUGGCACCAAACGACUCCCCAGAAGCCCCACGACGCAGUUUUGCUGGGGGCACUUGGGACUGGGAGUACCUGGGAUUUGCAUCUCCAGAGAUCCAGGAGAGUCAGGCAAUUCUCGGAGGAAUUGAUCCGAGAGUCCACAUUCAAAAUGCAGGAGGCCAGCGGCAGGAGUAUGCAGAGUUCCAGUAUAGACGCAGACACAGACAGCGGAGGCGUGGAGACAUGACUAGUCUGCGCAGCAACACCCCGGACUCCGAGGAGCCCAACCCCAGCAAUUUAGACUCAGAACAAGUUGGUUGUAGUCAGAGGCAAGGAUUACCUAUGCCCCACAGUUCCAUGGAUGAAGACGAUCCCAACAUCCUGCUAGCCAUCCAGCUUUCUCUGCAGGAGUCUGGGAUGGCCAUGGGGGACGUAGGUGCUGUAGACACCCAGGAACUGCUGGCUCACGAGGCAUCUCUGGGGGCCAUCGGCACUUCUCUUCCCUCCAGACUGGACCCGUUGCUCCAUGGCGUGGAUGUUCCCCGUGCUGCUCUGAGCAGUUCUGAACUUCUGGAGCUCGGAGACAGUCUAAAGAAGCUGGGUAACAUGAGUGGGCAGAACGUUCCACCGCGCUUUAACAUUGUGGGCAAUCCCAGCCAUGAGCCUACUGGAGGCCCUUUUCCACCUCACUCCGGACAUGCGGACUCUAGUGAAUUGGACUCAGCUGACAAUGCUAAUCUUCUGGGCAACAUCAUGGCUUGGUUCCAUGACAUGAACCCUCAAAACAUCAGUCUGGUUCCUUCGGCCACACCUUUAGACCCAGAGUUUGGAGCGCAGCUCGGCUCCGAGCAGAUGACGGAAAAACCCUUUCAGCAGUGGACAGCAGAGAGCGAGCAAGAGGAUUGUGAGUACAGCAGCACGCUAGAGAGGGAGCCCGUUCGACCCACUCAGCUGGACCUGGUGAGCGUAGAUGUGCCGUCUGCAGCCACUCUUGUGCCCCAGAUGAGCGAAACCGUUGGCGCCUCUCAACCAAGCCACCACGGUGACACUCUGAAAUGUGACUCGGACCCUGAACAGCCGAGCAGCAGCUCUUCUGAGUGGGAGGGUCAAGUGCACCUUGUAUGAAAUCAAGCCUCCUCCUUCAUAACCACUUUUGAUGUGAACGAGCUGACGAAGACAUCAAUCGUGAGAAGAGAUUCAUUCGUAUACUGACGUGAUUCGAAAUCAGCCGAAACCCUAUUUUAAGAACACUGAAAUUGUCUUGAAAUGUGUCUGGUGUCUCUUGCUGCAGGCCUGUGUUUUGUGCUUUGAGGACAUGAUGUGUAAUUUUCUAAUUAGAAGCAGACAAAAAGCAGAGUUUCACAGUCUUGAAGAAGUGAACAAUUAUGAAAAGGAAAGCAGUCGAACCAGAAACCGCGAGGAGAACAAAAUACGCCCGUCUGUAGUCUGUGGCAGGGAAUAAUUAGAGUAGUGAGCUUCAUUAUAGACCUGUCAGAUCUCUUUCACAGAAAAAGGUCUACUGUAAGGAACAGGACUACUCGGUCUGGUUUGUGUGAAUGUCCUAUGCAACCUGAGCAGGUUGUGUUGUUUUGUUUUUUUUUUCUCUUUUUUUAGAAAGACCUGCCAUCUUAGUGCUAGGUGUUACUGUAGGUGCCAUAAACACGGGUCAGCACAUGCAGAGUUCACGCACGCAGUGGACGGUGUGUUGACUGUGCCUGCUGCUGGGGGCUGAAGAGCCCCUUUCUAAACACAACCCUUCCUUUAAAUCCAGUGUAUAGUAUUGGAGAAAUUAACUCUAGCAGCUUCCUUCGAAGAGCUGGGCAACUCUGGGGUGGUGAUCAUGGUGAAGGAAAGCGCAGUUGUUGUGGUUAACUCUUCAUUUCUUUGGUCAAACCUGAUCACUGUAAUAUAUGCUACUGGUAUUUAAAAAAAAAAAAAAAAAAACGGUUGAGUUUGUCCUGUGCAGGAACACUGCAAUGGUUACACUACACAACUUAUUACAGUGCCUUGUCCCUGAACCUUCCCUCUUAUUUAUUGCCACAUCUCUCGAGUGCUCACCGGACGACAUGCGCUACCUAAAACUGCGCGUCGCUCUAAUUUUCAACAGCACUGGGAGUAACAAUUCACCAGAUUUAGCAUUUGUAUUAACAUUUUUCUAUAUCCUCGAUCACUCUUUAGUUAGUCUCUGGGCUGCUUUUCCAGAGCUUUUUAUAAAACCGUUAACAACGCAGGCUUGUGUGGGAUCACUGAAUUUCUUUUUUUUUUGUAUCUCUUAUCCAAACCAGUUUUAGUGGUGGUAAAAUGAGUUCGAGAUGAUGUGUGUAUAGUACAUGACGCCAUUGUGCUUAAUCCAUACUGUAAAGCGCCAGACCUAAUAUAUUGCGAAAUUGAUUUUCUAUUUAUUUGAAAUUUAAUGUCUUUCAUAAAAAAAAAGAAAUAACAGAUAAUGUUCAAAAAAUAAAUGAAAGCCAAUGUUUAUCCAUGUGUCAAAAAACUAAACAAAAACAAGGUCCUUUUACAGUGCCACUUUUAAAUAUUGCGCUUUAAACUAAUUAAUUGUUACUACUGAGGUGAUUUCUUUAGUUUCUUUUCUUUUCGACAAACAAAAAAGCAAGAUAUUUUGGUAUGGGUAUAUAUUUCUAUUUAACCCUCUCCUGGCCAAAAUCUUUAUCUUAACUGCUGAUUUAUUCAUCCUGAAUGACAGAGUUUGUGUUUUUUUUUUUUUUGCACUUAAAUAAUAAAAAAAAAAAAAGAAAAAAAGGAAGGAAACCCCAAUUUGUAAAGGUAUAUAUUAAUGCAGAUUAAUGCUGAAGAAACAUUGCUGUAUUGCUGUAAUGUCAAUCAAAAUUUAAGUCCAUAGUCGGGGGGAAAAAAAAAACUCAAACCUGUCCUAAGUAGUGAUAGAAGAAUAACUGAAAUACUGUACGUCUGUACACGUGACAUCGUCUUAUGUAGUUUGUACACGCAUAUAGUAUAAAAUGCUUUAAAGGGUUUUUAUUGUCUUUUCAUACCUAAAUAUAGAAUCGAUUAAGGAACCUGCAGUAUUUCUUCAGUCAGCAGUAAUGUAUGUUGCCAAAGUGAUGAAGCUAACAUAGUAAAGCACUCAGUAAGUUUUUUUUUUUUUUUUUUUCCUUUCCUUCUUUUCCCCACAUGUUUAGAUGUGAAGUGACACAUACUUUACAUGACAGUAUGCUGUGCAUUAAAUCAAAACACACGUUUUAUUUUCUUGGAGCAAAAAUAUUAUCUGAGUGGCAAUUGGGGAGAAAAAAAAGGCAAGCACAUUUUGUAACCCAUUAAAAAAUUUAUAUUGUUAAGUGACUAAUCCUUGAAAUGUUAUUUGCACUUUCAUAGUCUAUACUUGAUACAUUCCCAGUUUAUAUGGAAAAUAAAUUAUAUAAAUGGUUGAUGUUUGGCCAAUACAUUUGACUGAACUGAGUAUGAAACUCAAUAAAGUUAUUACACCCCCCUCCCCCCCUCCAAAAAAAAUCUGUGCUUUCCACUUGAAAUUAUUGUACCAUCUAUAAAUAAGUGUAGUCCUCAGUCCAAGCACUGGGUGCAUUGUGUUUUUGGUAAUACUUUCUAUCAUCUGAUUUGCACAGGUUUCCUGUGGAGCAGUGGAACAUGGAAAACCCUUAAAAAAUGUGGUGAUAAUGGUGUGGAAUAUACAUUUCCUGAUGUGUAGUAUGUGACAGCAAGUAGAGGUGUACACCUCAGACUUGUACAUGAUGCAAUAUGUUUUCAGUUUGCUUGUGCGUGAUGGGAUUGGAAGCUUUCUUCCAAGCCAAUUCAUUCAGAAUCUAAUGUGGGCUUGCUGUUAAUUGAUAAAUAAACAACCAUAAUGUUAAGAGACUAUUGUAAGUCACUAUCGCGACUGUUGUGUCAUCUUGUUAGAAACUAGUUUAACAAAUUUUAACUUUUAUAUUAAAUUAUAAUGGAUAAUAAACAA